AUUCGCCUGAAUACCCGUUGUAUCGGAUCUUAUGUUGACUGCUGCAUGUCCUUCAUACCUUGUCCAUUCAACAAGGAGGCAUCCACAUGAGGAUCCGACAACUCCGUAUCGAACGAUCCGGAUGUGAUUUUUUGCGUCGACGCGAUCUAGAGCGAUGGAUGAUUAUAAUGCGGCAAAAGAAGUUGAUGUUCCUACUUGUUCCGCCACCAAAGAUAAUAAUCGGGAGAGCGAUGAUGCAACAAAAGUGCUCAGAAUACUUCAUCAACUUCAUAUCUACAUCGGUAGAUGCAGUACCUGUUCUCAUGAUUAUGGUCGGUCCAGUAGUCAAGGCUUCUCGUCCGCUCAACUGUCCUAGCUUUACAUUAGUCAUGUAUCUCGAUCCGCUUUGACCGCGAACAAUCAUGCAUGGCCUCAAACUGCGCAGACCUCUAUGAUCCUCGUACCUUACAAAAAGGGGCCCCUUUUCCCAGGAUUCUCCCUCCCCACGACGCUGUUACGAAAUUCACACACGCCGAGAGCUCCGAAGCACAAAAUGAGCGUGGAAACAAACCCCCUGCACCGCUUUCGACAUCCCCUCCAUGGCCGUUCCGGAAGCUGAGGCGGCGGAGCUGGUUUCUCUAUAUCCGCUGCUAUCUAUAGAAAGCGGCAUAGGUGGGGGGGCCCCGCUUGCAUUUACGCAGUAUGUCCGAACUUCUUCCGCUCGGUUUCUCACCAGGUUUUGAUAUGGAUAAGUGACGCGGGCUUCCCUAUGUUCUCGUUAGCUGAUACCGAGUCAUAUAAGGUAGGGGAUAGCUAUAUCUAUGUAAAAAGAUGACAGUUAAAGAAUUCAUAAGAAAGGACGCUCAGAUGGACAUCUCAGACUAGAUAAGUGGAACGAGCAGAAAUAUGUUCUUGGCAUUCUUCCGAUGCAGUUGGGAGGCGCACAGUUAGUUACCUGAAGUUUUGAUACCAGAGAGCAAAUUUUAACAACGUGCAAGGGAGCUAACUUUUUUAAUAUAUAAUUCAAUGAUUUGAAUGAGGGGGUUAUCAUCAGGGUUUUCUUGUUUAAAAAAAAAAAAAUUCAACUUGCAGUUUUUCACAACUCUUUAUAAGCAUAUUUUUGCUAAGCAAUUCAUUAAUCUCCGCGCUGUUGUAUUAUCAUUCAUUAUUAUUAAAU